GCCGGGUGCCGGGGCCAGACCGCGCGUGCGCUCGUGGCGGAGGCGGUGGAGGAUUGUCUCGCGCUUCCCCGGCGUGGUAGCGUCUGUCGGGCCGGGAAGCCCUUUCUCUCCCUCCUCCUCACUGACAACAGCCCUAGCGCUCCGCCGGACCGACGCCCCGGGUACCCAUUCCGCAGAAGAUGAAGCAAGAUAACUCUCGAAAUGCUGCCUAUACUGUGGAUUGUGAGGAUUAUGUUCAUGUGGUGGAAUUUAAUCCCUUUGAAUGUGGCGAUGCAGGAACCUUAAUUGCAUAUGGUGGCAAUAAUUAUGUGGUCGUUGGCACCUGUACAUUUCAGGAGGAGGAGGCAGAAGUAGAAGGGAUUCAGUACAGAACGCUGAGAACAUUUCACCAUGGGCUUAGAGUGGAUGCCAUUGCUUGGAGCCCAGAGACCAGGCUUGAUACUUUACCUCCGGUGAUCAGAUUUUGUACUGCAGCUGCUGAUAGGAAGUUGAGACUGUUCACUUCAGAUCUUCAGGAAAAAAAUGAAUACAAGGUUUUAGCCGGUCAUUCAGAUUACAUAAAUGAUUUGGUGUUUUCCCCCAAGGAAGGCCAAGAAAUUGCAAGCGUGAGUGAUGAUCAUACAUGCCGAGUCUGGGACUUAGAAGGAAAUCAGAAAGCUCAUUUUGUUCUCCGUUCCCCUGGAAGGAGUGUCUGCUGGCAUCCUGAAGAAGCUUGUAAGUUGAUGGUUGCAGAGAAGAAUGGAACAAUCAGGUUCUAUGAUCUCAUUACCCAGCAGGCUAUUCUGUCUCUUGAAUCUGAACAGAUGCCAUUAAUGUCAGCUCACUGGUGUUUAAGAAAUACCUUCAAAGUUGGAGCUGUUGCAGGAAACGAUUGGCUAAUCUGGGAUAUUACUCGGUCCAGUUAUCCUCAGGAUAAAAGACCUGUCCAUAUGGAUCGAGCUCACUUAUUCAGGUGGUCGACUGUUAAUGAAAACCUGUUUGCAACCACUGGCUACCCUGGCAAAAUGACCACUCAGCUUCUGAUUCAUCAUUUGGGGCACCCUCAGCCUAUCCUCAUUGGAUCUGCAGCUGUGGGAUCUGGUCUGUCCUGGCACAGGACUCUCCCUCUGUGUGCCAUAGGAGGUGACCACAAGUUAUUGUUUUGGGUGACUGAGAUGUAAAAAAUAUCUUCCUUGGACACUAAGUUCUCAAACUAUAUUUUUAAUAAAUAUUUUGGUUACAAUCUUUAUUUUUUAUAUUUCCAAUGUACUUAAACAGUCAAAUGUUUUAAUACUAAUGUCUACGUAUUUGGUCUUCUUAUUAAAUGAUUUAUUCAUAA